AUUUAAUUAUGACUUAUACAGAAGCGGAUGUUCCACUUCGAGCACCGCGACUGUUACAGCUAUCAGCCAGUGUUGUUGCUGCACAUUCUAGUACACUUCUUGCUCAACCAAAGUCUAUAUCAAAUGAAACGAAGGUUGAGAGUUCUCAUAUACAACAGCAAGUAAAAACUGGUGAGGAAGCAACUGAUGAUGACGUUCUUCAGCUUCCUGUUCCUGCAAGUACCGCUGUUUUUGAUGCCUUAAGAGAACAGUGGACCAGAACGGGGUUGACACCAACAAAUGCAUUAAUGCAGUUCACGAAUGCAAGAUGUUUGCCAUUGAAUACCUUGCAUUUAUCUGGUGCUCAUCUUACGGAUCGCUUAUUGGCUGAAUUAGUUGCUGCUCAUCGUGAAAACUUGAUGUCUCUUGAUAUAUGUGAUGUACAGGGUCUUAUUGGCCAUGAGUUUAAUAGACUGUUAGAAGAAAAGUCGGUGCAGUUAAAGCAGCUUACAUGUUUGGCGAUGACUUCGUUUGAAAUCCUUCGUAUCCCGGUGAUUACUGUUUCCCCGCGUAGAAUGAGAGGUAGUUAUUCGACAAGUGGCUCAUAUGGAACGUUACCAGUGCUUUCGGAAGAGGAUCUUGUUAGUUCAAUCAUUGACACAAAUAUUGAUCAUUACAUUGAUACUUCAGAAAGUGGUCAAACAUCUGCUUCAUCUAAACGUUGCCGGUCUUCCUGUGACAGUAGCGAAAUCACUGAAGAAUCUACACCGAGCCCCACUAUUGAAAUACCAACUUUCACGUCACGUUGUCUAAAUAUUCGUUCUUUAACACUUCAUCGAAAACGGGGACAUGAUGAAAAUGAUGAAUCAGUAAAUGAUUUUCUAAACCGUGUUUUAUCACCAUUGAAAAAGUUAGAACGCUUGGAUCUUUCACAUUGGCAACGAGUUGAUGAUUUACACUGUUUACAUCCUCACUCACUUUCAACUCUUAUUCUUUUCGAUGUGCCGGACCUUUAUCGUGCUUUAGAUACUAUUGUGCAAGUUACUACUCUAAAAUUUUUAGAUAUAUCACAAAGUGCAAAAGAGACAGGUACAUAUCCCAGGCCAGUUACAGCACUUCAUAGAAUUGUGACAUGUUUACGCUCUCUUACACAUUUAGAUAUUUCAUCUACCAAUCUUGCUUCUCAACCAUCUACUUAUGAUAGACCAGUAAACGGAACAACGUCAGUUAGGUCGGAUAUAUAUGGACUUCGUUGUUUAGAAGGACCGCUUGAAUAUUUGGGCUUGUUUAAUUGUGAUGGUGCAUCUCAUUUUGCUGAAAUACCUGCUAAGAAUAUAGCUGGUGACAAAGAUGAGAAACAAGUUUUACUUGCUUUGCGAAUGUAUAGUGAACGAGCUGGUUUACUACAAGCGGUUUUAAAUGAAACUUACCAACUCUAUAGAUUUGGGCAUAACCUUACUCGAUACACAGAGGCAUUGCAUCUUGUUUUAAAAGCGAUGCAACGUCAUCUUGGAGAUAGUACGUUACAAAUUGCUGGAUCAGCUUCAUUGUUUUAUAUGAUUCGUAAAGUGAGCAUGAACAGGAAUACAAAGAGAUUAGUUGUGACUGCUUUACUGAAUGGAAUGGAUGCACAUAUGGAGGAACAGGUGAUGGUUCGAAACUGCUGCUUAUCACUCUGUCAGUUCGAAAUACCAUUAGAAAUACUUUUUGACUACGGUCGUGUAGCACGUUUACUUAUCGCUGCAUUGCAACAUCAUCAUAAUAGUGAUCAUUUGACUCAACGUGUCGUAGUUUUUUUACUUAAUUCAAUGGCAUGUCAUGUAGAUGGUGAACAAAAAGUUCAAGUCGGUAACAUCGGUGCUAUCGAGAUUAUUCUCCAACAGAUUCGUCGAAAACAUGCUGCCAGCAUUUGCGAUGAUGUCAUGGAAGUGGGGUGGAGUUUUCUGUGGAAUAUUACUGAUGAAACACCAGUGAAUUGUGAACGUUUUCUUAAUGCAGAUGGUCUUCGUUUAUUUCAUCAAUGUUAUCAGCGCUUUCAAAAUGAAACAGAACUUGUUCGUAACAUGAUGGGAUUAAUUGGAAAUAUUGCUGAAGUUGAGCGACUUCGUACACAGCUCAUUGCACUGUUAACAAUGCUAGUUGAUGGUAUUGAAAUCAGCUAUAAUAGUGCCGGAGUGCUUGCGCACAUGGUAAGUGAUGGCGAAACAGCUUGGUCAAAAGUAAGUGUUUCGCGUGCCGUAGUUAUGGAUAAAAUAAUCAAGGCCACUGAUACUUGGGAUUUGAAAGCCAAGCGCUUUAUAAAUUACAGAUCAUUUAAGCCGAUUCUAAGAUUGAUUCCAAUGUUUGAUGCCCCAGCAAGCCAGCACUGGGCAAUUUGGGCACUUGCCAAUUUGACGUCCACUGACAGAGAUAAGUAUUGUGCUUUUGUUCUUUAUGAAGGUGGUAUUCCUUUAUUGGAAAAAGUCGUUAGUGAUGAACGAUCUUCUCAAAAAAUGCGUCAGCUAGCCGAAAUCAUUCUCACAAAUAUUGUUUGUUGGUUAAAUUAAUU